UCUCAAAAACCAUAUUGCCACCCCACAUAGGCGCCCAAACUCAAAUUUCCCUCAAAAACACUUUGCUAAAUAUGGCGCCACACACACACACACACAUAUAUACAUACAUACACCCUUUUAUUCUUUCCCUUCCUCAACUCACCCCUCUCCUACCCCACCCACAUAUACACACAUAGAAAAAGGAAGCAAUGGCAGACCAAGAAAAUAGUGUAAGGGUAACAAGGCUGGCCAAGAAAAGAGCAGCAGAAGCAAUGGUACAACACUUACAACAACCCAACAAGAAGAGAGUUGUACUGGCUGAAAUUCAAGAUUUGUCAAAUGUUGGUAUUAAUCAGCUUGAUGAGAAGGUAUUUGAUUCUGAGCCAUUGAAACCCAAAUGUAAACAGACUACUAAGAGGAAGGUGAAAAGAUCUAAAUUGGAUGAUGAUGACCCACAGAUGUGCCCUGCUUAUGCUCAUGAUAUCUAUGACUAUCUGAGUAAAAUGGAGAUUGAGAAAAAGAGGAGGCCAUUGCCUGAUUACCUUGAGAAAACUCAGAAGGAUGUGAAUGCAAAUAUGAGAGGGGUUUUGGUUGACUGGCUGGUGGAAGUUGCAGAGGAAUACAAGCUUCUUUCGGACACAUUGUAUCUUACUGUUUCCUACAUCGACAGAUUCUUAUCAGUGAAUCUCAUUCAUAGACAAAGAUUUCAGCUUUUGGGUGUUUCUUCUAUGCUCAUCGCUGCGAAGUACGAGGAAAUUAAGCCUCCAAAUGUUGAGGACUUUUGUUACAUUACAGACAAUACAUUUACAAAGAAAGAUGUGGUGAAAAUGGAGGCUGAUGUGCUACACUCCCUCAAAUUUGAAAUGGGUAAUCCCACAACCAAAACAUUUCUCAGAAGAUUUACUAGGGUUGCCCAAGAAGAUUACAAAAAUGCUGAUACACAGUUGAAGUUUCUAGGCUACUACCUAGCGGAGUUAAGUUUAUUAGAUUACAACUGUGUGAAAUUCUUGCCUUCUGUGGUAGCUGCUGCUGUGAUAUUCCUGUCAAGGUUCACAUUACACCCAAAGUCACAUCCUUGGAGUCUGGCCCUUCAACGUUCCUCUGGAUAUAAAGCAGCAGAUCUAAAGGAUUGUGUUCUUAUCAUACAUGAAUUGCAAUUAAGUAGAAGAGGAAGUACUUUGGUAGCUGUGAGGGACAAAUACAAGCUACAUAAGUUCAAAUGUGUGUCAACAUUGUCUUCUCCUAUGGAAAUACCGGAUUCUUUCUUUGAAGAUACAAGCUAAUGAUUUCUUGGGUAUAUGCUUGGAGACUGGAAUUGAGACACUACGAUGAUAUGAUAUCUGGAAAAGGUGAACUGCCUUUCGGCUUCCUUAAAGCGCGAAGCUGGUCACUAAGACUUAUUGAAAUUCAUAGCAUGUAGCUAGUAAGAUCAUCUCGAAAUUUUGUAGUAUAGUUUAAGAGCGAUGAAUAGCAUAAACAUUGAUUUGUCUACAUGAUUGUAUUAAGUUAUAUUAAGAAUUUAAUACAAAUACAUUAUUCUUGUAACAAGCUGAAAACAACUAUAGAAUACUAAAACUGAUAAAAAG